GAAAACCGAUCUCCAUUUUCUAUACGAUCAGGAAAACCGGAAACCGAGAACGCGAAAGAAGAGUUCGUCCGACGCAGUCUUGAUUAAGAACGACGCCCUUCCACCGGAAAAAGUUGUCGACGACAUGCCCGCCAGCACCGCUUCAGUCCAUUGAUCAUCUUCCUUCCUCUCUCUUCACUCCAUUUCCGGUCACCCAAUUCCAUGGAUUUGAGAUCGGGAGGCAGGAAGCUAUCCUUUGAGGUCCUGAGCAGCACCCACUUGGGGGAGGAAUACGAUGACGAGGAAUCGCUGGGCAAUGGUCCGUUUUUCCCCCGAUCGAAUUCAGAUCCACUUCCCGGCCAUGAAUCGGAUAGCCUCCGCGGGAAGCGAAAGCACAGGAGGAAGAACAAGAACAAGAACAAGAACAAGAAGCAGGCCCCCUGCUCAAUCAUCCCGGAGAGUCCCGACUCGGAUCACGGGAAGACGGCGUUUUCCGAGAACGGGAACGGGCAUGUUCCGAACGGGGUGAAGUUCGACUGCAGGAGUUGCAGCUCUGGGUUGAGUCAAGUGGUGGUGCUGGAGCAGCCGGCGGCGGAGUGUCAGAGCAAUAACUUGUACGGCUUUGGGGAGUUGAGGCAGAGGUCUGUGGGGAACAUAGGGACUGAGGAGGCUGAUGCGGCGGUUUCGUCGGUAGCUGUGCAGAGCAGGCUGGAGGAUAAGGAUGUCGGGUUCGAGGUAGCGGGGAAGCAACACAACAGCGGGACGCCCAGCGGUGGCGGUCGGGUGAAGUUGGAGACUAUCGAGUCCUUGGAUUGGAAGCGCGUCAUGUCUGAGGAUCCCCAUUGUCUAUUUCAAGUGGAGAGAUCGCCAUUGAAGUACUUCAUGGAAGAAAUGAGAAUUGGGAAUUCAUUGCGGGGUACAACCACUCCUGGAAAUGAGAAAGAAAGAGAGAGAGUCUACGAUACUAUCUUCCGUUUACCUUGGAGAUGUGAGCUGCUUAUUGAUGUUGGCGUCUUUGUCUGUUUUGAUUCGUUUCUUUCCUUGUUGACUAUCAUGCCAGCAAGGAUUUUGACAGUUAUUUGGAAGUCUGUAAAUAUGAGGCAGUUGAAGAAGCCUUCUGCUGCAGAGUUAUCUGAUUUAGGCUGUUUCAUUGUGCUCAUCUGUGGAGUGACUCUCCUGCAGCAGAUAGAUAUCAGCUUAAUAUAUCACAUGAUCCGCGGCCAAGGAACAAUAAAACUGUACGUUGUGUAUAAUGUGCUAGAGAUAUUUGAUAAAUUAUGUCAAAAUUUUGGUGGAGAUGUAUUGCAAACUCUAUUUAAUUCAGCGGAUGGACUUGCAAGUUGUCUGCCUGAGAACCUGGACUAUUGGAAGCGGAGAUUUGGUUCCGACUUAGCAUUAGCUGUGGCUUCAUCAAUUGUUCACUCAUCCAUUCUGUUAAUUCAGGCGGUUACCUUAUCAGCGUGCAUCGUUGCGCACAAUAAUGCUUUGCUUGCAUUGCUGGUUUCCAACAAUUUUGCAGAGAUAAAGAGCAACGUCUUCAAGCGUUUUAGCAAAGACAACAUUCACAGUAUUGUCUAUUAUGAUUCUGUUGAGAGGUUCCACAUUACGGCAUUCGUCUUAUUUGUGUUAGCUCAGAAUAUCCUGGAGGCUGAGGAUCCUUGGUUUGAAAGUUUUCUUUUCAAUGCUAUGUUGGUUUAUGUAUGUGAGAUAGCCAUAGAUAUAAUAAAGCAUUCAUUCAUUGCAAAGUUCAAUGACAUAAAACCAAUCGCAUACUCUGAGUUUCUUGAAGACCUCUGCAAGCAGACCUUGAAUAUUCAAACUAAUACAAAGAAUAAUCUCACUUUCGUCCCACUUGCACCAGCUUGUGUGGUAAUAAGAGUUUUGACUCCAGUGUAUGCCGCUCACCUUCCCUACAGUCCCCUCCCGUGGAGGCUCUUCUGGAUCCUCGUCCUGUUUGCGAUCACAUAUGUUAUGCUCGCCAGCCUUAAGGUAAUGGUCCAUAUGGGCCUUCAGAAACAUGCUGCUUGGUAUGUGAAGCGGUGUGAAAAGAGGAAGCUCCACUCCGACUAAGCCCUGAGCAGCUCAGAGAGAUUUAAAUCUAGAAUUUGACAAGCAUCUGGGCACCCUUUUCUCGGGAAAUCGCCAUCCAUGAGUAGCCUUUCCUGGAUAUUUUCCAUGCCCUCAUCAGUGAUUAUAGUGCAAAGCCUGGUAGCAGAUUGAGUUUCCAGCGGACUAUCCAUUCUCAAUGUGGAAAUUUGAUGAGGGGGCAUUGUUAUGUGGAAGGAGGUUGGAUUGGACAGCCUCGGAGUCCGCAUGGGCAUUCUUGUGAGAGUGAACUUGAUCGGACUACAUCCCAUCUUGGGGAAUCGGCAUGGAAGCGUUACUUGUUUUAUGACCCACACAGAAUGCCGUUUCGCAAAGAUGUUCUUUAGUAUAAACAGUUUUGGGCUCAUCAGAUAUGUCUAUUUGGACCUUCACCUCGUUUGCCUUGCUGCCCUAUUUUGAUGAUGUACAUAUUCAGAAAAACACUCGGACAGAGGAUAAACUAAAUUCCUGCAAUCAUCCUUUACAUUUCGCAGGUGUGGAAGAAUCUAUCUAUCCUGCAUCAGGGUUGUUGGACGUUAUAUCGCAAUUAAUUAUUGGUUCUUUCAUUA